UCCUCUCCCAUCCAGGGUCUGGCGGGGGAUCCGAUUGGCCAAGCUGCCAUCUAGAGGCGCCUUUCUGCAGCGUGCAUAUAUAACCGACCAGGCAGCAGGAAAGAGCAGUCAGUCUCCCGCAAGCCGUCCUGCGAGAGGAGCGUUUCCUUGCGCGCAGGAGGGGAGGAAGGCGAACUGAAGAUUCCAGUCAUUCCAAAUUGGUCAGCUAUGAGUACCAUUGAUUUGCCUCCCAUAUUUGAUCUCGUGGAAGCGGAGAACCUCACGGAAACAAACUUGACUUGCAACAAUGGAGACUGCAUCACUGUGGACUCCUUAUCAUGUCCAAAUAUGCUCAACAGAAGUGCUUUACUCUACACAUUGUCAAUUUGUUAUAUCUUCAUAUUUAUGAUAGGCCUCAUGGCAAAUUGUGUGGUCAUCUGGAUGAACUUUCAAGCCAAAACAACUGGCUAUGAAACUCAUCUCUAUAUCUUCAACUUAGCCAUUGCUGAUCUGUGUGUGAUCAUCACUCUUCCGGUCUGGGUAGCCUCCCUUGUUCAGCAGAGCCAGUGGCACAUGGGAGAAAUCAUGUGCAAGAUAACUCACCUUGUAUUUUCUAUCAAUUUGUAUGGGAGCAUCUUCUUCUUAGCAUGCAUGAGUGUGGAUCGGUAUCUCUCUGUUGCCUACUUCACAACCUCCAGCAGUGUCAGCAAGAAGAGAAUCCGCCGUUGCAUUUGUGUAUUUGUGUGGCUCUUUGCUUUCUUUGCGUCCCUUCCAGAUACUUAUUACCUGAAGACUGUUUCCUCCAACAAUGAAACCUACUGCCGCCCUGUCUAUCCAGAGGAGAAUACUAAAGAGUGGUUGGCCGGCGUGGAACUCAGCUCUGUGGUUCUAGGUUUUAUCAUUCCCUUCCCCGUCAUUGCUAUUUUCUAUUAUCUUCUAGCAAGAGCCAUAUCUACCUCUAAUGACCAAGAGAGAAAGAGCAAUGGGAAAAUAAUCUUUACCUAUGUAAUUGUGUUUCUUGUCUGCUGGUUGCCAUACCAUAUCAUUGUUUUGCUUGAUUUCUUCUUGGCCUUCCAUUUCAUCCCCUUCAGCUGUCAAAUGGAGAACUUCCUUUACGCAGCCUUUAAUGUUACUCAGUGUUUCUCUCUGGUUCAUUGCUGCAUCAAUCCCAUUCUCUAUAGCUUCAUCAAUCGAAACUACAAGUAUGAACUCAUGAAGGCUUUUCUCUUUAAGUACUCAGCUAAAACUGGUCUUACCAAACUGAUUGACACUUCCAGGGUUUCAGAGAUGGAAUACUCUGCUUUGGAGCAAAAUGUUAAAUAAACGCAGUCACAAAAGACUUUUUGCCAUAUUUUCUCUUUAACUGGACAAUGCAUUAAAAAGAACACCUAAUGGUGAAUUUAUAAGCCGUCCUGAGAUGCUAUGCAUAAGGGACGGCAUAUAAAAGUUUUAAAUAAAUGAAUAAAUAAAAUUUUUGGAACAGAACUUUUGCUACCAAAAUGCUGCAUUAUGUUUUCUGUGUUUUGGACACUGUCAACUAGUUCACACUGUUUUCAGUCAUGCUAGUGGACAAAAUGAGUGGCAAACCAAGGGAUCUUGUAAAAUGAGAUGCUGGUUAUUUUAUUAUGUCCUGCUUGAGAGGGCAGAUAGCCCUUUCCCCAGAUGCCUUGACUUCAGAGUAUACAUUUUGCAGUUUGUAUUUAAAGAAACUAGAACUUUGUUUUCUUGCUUUUGAAGUUAUAUGGAAAAUUAAAUAUAUUUACUCAUGUAUUUGAAGCAUAUGUUUUAUGUAUAGAAUGCUAUAGGGUUAAUAUUAGAUUUCCAUUUGGUUUGGUAUUGUAACUAUAGAAUAUAUAACAAUUGUUAAAUGAAGAUUAUAUGUACUUCUGAGUGGGUGUGGUUGAAAUUUUGUGGCAAUAUAGUUGUGAUAUAGAAAACUGUAAAAAUAACACUCAUAACUUGUCAGUACCAAUAUUCUGUGAAGGUAUGUUUUACAACCCUAACAUACUUACUUCAUUAAAGUGUAUCCUUAUUUGUAAAUUGUUAUUUUUUUAAAUAAAUACCUUUGAAAACAGAA